AUUGCCACUUGUGCAACUUUUUGCCUAGGCUGAAGGGUCAAACAAGGCGGCCAUCACCCAUCAGUAGAAUUAUCUGUUUGUUUUCUCCUCUAUUUGUCCUGAAAUGAUCAUACAAGCUUUCCUUGCUCACCACUCGAAGCAAAGCAAAAUUGACGUUAGCUUGAACCUAAUUGGGUGACCGUUGCAGUUUGAGGUGUACAAAAUGGAACAGGAGUCUUUUGCACCAGCAGCAACAGACUUGCAAGAAGGGGGUGAUCAAUUCUCCAAUAUCUCUUUUCGUCCAUUGGAUGUCUCCGAUGUUGAUGAUUUCAUGGUCUGGGCUUCUGAUGAGAGAGUGACUCACUUUUGUAGUUUUAACCCUUACACUAGCAAGGAAGAUGGCAUCAACUAUAUCAAAAACACUGUCAUACCCCACCCAUGGUUGAGAGCAAUAUGCCUUAACAACAGGCCUAUUGGAGCUAUUUCAGUGACAAAGAAUUCUGGUAACGACGUAUGCAGAGGUGAGCUAGGCUAUGUUCUGGCAGCCCGUUAUUGGGGCAAGGGAAUUGCAACAAAGGCAGUGAAAAUGGUGGCCAAAACCAUUUUUAGCGAACGGCCAGAACUAGAGAGACUUGAAGCCUUGGUAGAUGUAGAAAAUGUGGGCUCACAAAGAGUCCUAGAGAAAGCUGGCUUCACGAGGGAAGGUGUUCUGAGAAAGUAUUUUAUUCGGAAGGGAAGGUCUAGAGACAUGGUGAUGUUUAGUCUUCUUUCUACUGAUCCUGUAAUUUGAUUGUGUUAUUGUUUAUACAAAAUCUUUUCUGGAUAUGUCAAUUUAAAAGUUGAUAUCUGAAUAUGUAAUUGCCUUUGGAUUGGAUCAUAAAAUUCAAGACCAUCUUGAUUCCAAUGAACAACUGAACAUCGUUUUCUCGUUCAA